AACUACCAUAUUUCCGUCCAACAAAUAUUUGAAUCAGAAGCCAAACUGAGGCUUCAAAACUCGCUGGUAUUUCCAGACAUGAAAGAACUGUCCCAGCCGAGCAGCAUUGUGUUUGAUGCAGCCAAGGUGAUAGAAGAAUAUGGCAUCAAGGUGACCGAAGAGGACGUGAAAUCAAAAGAGGAAAGCUUGCCUGCAAUAGUGUAUAUUGCAGGUUACUGCGCCCACGCCGCUCUCAGAAAAAUUCCCUGUGAAGAUUGUGCGGCCAACAUCACGAGACGAGAUAGGGAUAUGCCAAUGGGAGAUGAUAUGCUAAUCGAAGGCCUCACAAGAGGGGCCCUCAAGUUUCCCCAACCAGUAGUAAUCAGUGCUGUUCUUCACACACAACUCGUGCUAGAAAAGCUAACCUCAAAAGAGAACAUCGCCCGCUUUCAUGCAGCACGGCACCAAAGGCAGCUUCUUCUCAGUGUGGUGAAGCACCUCUUAAUUGACAAUGAAGAUUUGGACAUUUGUUGCAAAGGACACCAUCCAGACACAGUGCUUCAUAAUAUAUUGUGGGCAGCCACCAACACCUUACUGAAAAACUACGUCCAAAUGAAAACCGACAAGUUAACGGCGGCAAAGAAGGGUGCAGCACUGAAGAGAAAACUGAAGACGCUUAAUUAAGCUACCUUUAACGGCUUGAAAAUUCGCCUCAGAAUAAAUAAAUGAUGCAGUCUGCAUGAAAUA